CUGGAGACGCGCACCUGUUAAAUCCAGAUAAACUCUAAUAUAUUUCUGCUGAGUGGCUGGUUUUGUAACGGACCUCGUCCAGAAACAAAACUGAACAGUUUUUUUGUGACAUAAAGUGUUGUUUUAUAAAGAUUUAUUUCAUUUUGUGCUUUUGCUGCCGCGCGCGUAUGAUGGAUUUACGCAGGUAUUCGAAAGAAAAUAACCUGCGUUAUGCUUUUGGAGAGUCUGGAGCUCAGACAGUCUUUGGACUCCUCACAAGGACUAAAGAAGAGGCCAUCUGGAAACCUAUCACAGAUGUGUCAGACACAAACUGCUCUCCGCUGGUUAACAGAAUGCUGUUCUCUCCAGAGCAGCAGGACUCUACUUUGCCCAGCGUUGAUCAGCUCAGCCUGGGCCUGCUGUCUCUGAGCCUCCCGUGCUGGAGCCGCCCGGAAUCCCACCGCCUGACCCAACCCUUCGCCCAGACACCCAUGCUAAAUCUCUUGGGCGAUUCGGGUCAGCAGCAGGAUUUUCAUAUUCAUGAGUCGGCAGGUGGGAGCGCCACACACCAGCGGUUCUCCGGAUAUAGUCAUAUGACGAACAUCCCAGAACCUCAUUCGCUGUUGCGUUGUGGAUCCAGCAGCCCUGUCAACUCUGAGACCAGCGGUGUCUCUUCCGGAUCCGAUCACUUGGUUUCUUUGAGAGUUUCAUCUCCGCAGCCCCCGCUGCUGCCCAGACUGCAGUCAGAGGGUCGGAAACUGGGAACAGAUGCUCGUCUGGAGCCCACAAUCACCCCGACUUUCAGUGCUCGGGCUGAAGGCUUGGUGCCUGAAUGCUGGUCCGUGGGGUCAGGCUGGCUCGGCUGGGACACUUUUGCUUUGAACAAACCCGCUUUCUGCAUCGAGAGAGAAGCUAAACUUCACAAACAAGCUGCAGCGACAAAUGAGGCCACCUACACCUGGGAAGGACAUCUUCCUCCCCGACACUACAAAAAUCCUGUUUACUCCUGUAAGGUGUUUUUGGGAGGUGUACCAUGGGACAUCACAGAAUCGAGUCUGUUAAACACAUUUUGUGUUUUUGGUCCACUGAAAGUUGAGUGGCCUGGCAAAGAGAGCAAACAUCCACGCUGCCCUCCGCAAGGUUAUGUGUAUCUGGUGUUCGAUUGGGAGAGGUCUGUGAAGACGCUUUUGCAGGCCUGUACUCAUCACCGUCUGCAGUCAGAUGACUACAUUGAGUUCUACUACAAACUGUCCAGCAGGCGAAUCCACAGCAAAGAUGUGCAGGUCAUCCCAUGGGUGAUCUCAGACAGCAAUUUUAUCUGUUGUCCCUCCCAACGCCUUUGCCGCAAUAAGACCGUGUUCGUGGGUGCUCUGCAUGGCAUGUUAAAUGCAGAAGCUCUGGCCCACAUUAUGGACGAGCUCUUUGAAGGCGUUGUGUACGCAGGCAUCGAUACAGACAAGCACAAAUAUCCCAUAGGUUCUGGAAGAGUGACCUUCAGGAGCCAGAAAAGCUACUUGAAAGCUGUGACCGCAGCAUUUGUGCAAAUAAAAACCUGCAAGUUUACCAAGAAGAUCCAGAUUGACCCGUAUCUGGAUGACUCCCUGUGCCAAAUAUGCAACAGUCAGCCUGGACCAUUCUUCUGUAGAGCCCAGGCAUGUUUUAAAUACUUCUGUCGCUCGUGCUGGCAUUGGAGACACUCUAUGGAUGUGCUGAAGAACCAUCAGCCUCUUAUGCGAAACCAGAAGACCCUGAAUCCCAACUAAACCCACAGAAGAUCCACAGUAACGGUUGUUCUGGAAGCAACUGUGGGAUUCACUGUUUUAGGGAAGACUUUUAGUGUGAGUCUGAGGAAACAAGGAUGUUUUUCUUGAGGAAGUUCUUGCGUUGUUGCACCUGCAUGAGUUCUCGUUCAUUAUGGCUCUAUGCACCAAGGGGUUCGAUGGUGACCCAUUUGCACAGUUAACCAGGCGGCCAUCGUCAUGGAGAUGACCCUAGGAAUUUAAAGGUGGUCGGAGAAUACUUGCCACCUAGAUUUUAAAAGUUCUGAUUUAGCGCAUGCAGAGAAUAUAAGUUUAAUAUCUUGAAAGUCUGACCCUCUAAUGCAGGCAAAUGCCAGUUGGUGCCUUUGGCUUUUCAUUUGUUAUUGCUUUUCUAGACAUUUAUUUAAUAUUUAAUUUAAUUAGAUUUUAUGGCCUGGUCUGCUUUUGAUUUUUAGUCAUUAAGUACUUUUACUCGCUUUUCUACCUGCUGGUUUGGGUCACACCAUAGAAAUAUUAAUCCAAUAGUUUUUUUUUUUAGUUUUCCUGCUCCAAGUGUCUUGUCCUGUUGAGCCAUUUUUUAACAGUGCUAUAUGAUUGUUGAGGAUCCUGGCUUGUGAUAUGUUGCAGGAAGUAUGACAUCACAGCUGGCUGAUGCUGUUGCUUAGCAACCACUUGCCAUCAUUCAACCAUUAGAUCAGAUACAAGUUAACCCUAGGAUAUAUUUUGGCCGCUGAGAUUAUGCUGUACAUAGUUUUAAUCAAAUUGUUGUACUUUAUUAACGUAGCACUGGGGAAAAAAGGUUUGCCAGUGGUUUUAUAUUUAAUUUGAGCAGAAUGAGGGCAAGUCCUCACUGUUACAUUGACCUUGAGUUGUGUGUUUGUGUUAAACAAAAAAAGUGUCUCUUAAUCUUUAAGUAAAUCUGUUUAGCUGCAUUAGUCUCUUUUUCUUGUUGCCUUUUACAGCUGCUUUUUAGGAUUUAAAAGUCUCUACCUCAUUGCUCUGCAAGUGUUGCUAUGGUUAUUUACAAAUGGAGAUGAUGUUCAGAUUGGACAAAAUAAAGUUGUUAAAGCAUUAAACCAUUGC